UUUCUUGUCCUAUCGCUGGUGCUCCUUUUGCUGAGGGGUGUAGGGCUGCCCUCGGGAGGGUGAUCAGUGGCCCUGUUUGAGUGACUUUUGGAAGGUGUGCAGGAUGGCUCCCAACGAGACAAGGGAUGAACUUGUUUUCUUUGUGAAUGGUAAAAAGGUCGUGGAAAAAGAUGUGGAUCCAGAGACAACUCUGCUAACCUAUCUACGAAGAAAAUUGGGCCUAUGUGGAACAAAACUAGGCUGUGGAGAAGGUGGAUGUGGUGCUUGCACUGUUAUGAUAUCCAAGUACGAUCCCUUUCGGAAGAAAAUCCUCCACCACACUGCCAAUGCCUGCCUCUUCCCUGUCUGUGCCCUGCAUCGUGUAGCUGUGACUACUGUUGAAGGCAUAGGAAACACAAAAUCCAGGCUGCACCCAGCUCAGGAGAGAAUAGCAAAAAGUCAUGGGUCCCAGUGUGGCUUUUGCACUCCAGGCAUUGUCAUGUCCAUGUAUACACUGCUUCGGAACAAGCCUGAGCCCGAAAUGGAGGACAUAGAAGAUGCUUUCCAAGGAAACUUGUGUCGGUGUACAGGGUACAGACCCAUUCUGGAAGGAUACAGGACGUUUGCUAAAGAUGGGGGCUGCUGUGGAGGAAGAGCCAAUGGUUCAGGCUGCUGCAUGAAUGGAAAGGAAGACAGUGUGACAAUAUUGUCCUCCAGCCUGUUCAAUUCUUCUGAAUUCCAGCCAUUGGACCCUACACAGGAGCCAAUCUUCCCACCAGAGUUAAUAACGCAGAGUAACGCGCAGCAGAAGCAGCUGUGCUUCAAAGGCGAACGCGUGAUGUGGAUCCAGCCUACAACUCUCAAGGAAUUGGUUGCUCUCAAAUCCCAGUACCCCAAUGCCAAGCUGGUUGUGGGGAACACAGAAGUGGGUAUUGAGAUGAGGUUAAAGAACAUGUUGUACCCAGUGAUAAUAGCACCAGCAUGGAUCCCUGAGAUGAAUGCUGUCCAGCAAACUGAAACAGGGGUUGCCUUUGGUGCUGCCUGUACCCUGAGGUCAGUAGAGGAGGUGCUGAAAAAGGUGGUAGCAGAGCUUCCACCUUACAAAACCGAGAUCUUCCAGGCUGUCCUUGAGCAGCUGCGGUGGUUUGCUGGGCCACAGAUCAGGAACGUUGCCGCUCUUGGUGGGAACAUAAUGACAGCAAGCCCAAUUUCUGACUUAAAUCCUGUGCUAAUGGCAAGUGGAAGCAAACUGACUCUGGUAUCAAAUGGGGGCAAAAGAACCAUCACAAUGGAUGAGAAGUUUUUCACUGGGUACAGAAAGACAAUAGUUAAGCCUGAAGAAAUCCUUCUCUCUGUUGAAAUACCCUACAGCAAGAAGGGUGAAUACUUCUCAGCUUUCAAGCAGGCUUCCCGUCGGGAGGAUGACAUUGCUAUUGUGACCUGUGGGAUGAGAGUCCUGUUCCGAGAUGGCACGAACCGAGUGGAGGAGAUAAAACUGAGCUAUGGCGGAAUGGCUCCUACAACCAUCCUGGCACUAAAAACAUGCCAAGAGCUCACUGGCAGAGACUGGAAUGAGAAGCUGCUGCAGGAUGCCUGCCGCUCGCUGGCAGGUGAGAUGGAUCUGUCUCCUUCUGCCCCCGGUGGGAUGGUGGAUUUCCGGCGCACGCUCACACUCAGCUUCUUCUUCAAGUUCUACCUGACUGUCCUUCAGAAAAUGAGCAAGAGCCACAGUGGCACUAAGAAUCUGAGUGAGCCCAUCCCCUCAAACUACAUCAGUGCUACAGAACUGUUUCACAAGGAUCCCAUUGCAAAUGUCCAGCUCUUCCAAGAAGUGCCCAAGGGACAGGCCAUUGAAGACAUGGUGGGCCGGCCCUUGGUGCACGUUUCAGCAGCCAAACAAGCAUGUGGAGAAGCCGUUUACUGCGAUGACAUCCCUCACUAUGAGAACGAGCUCUACCUAACGCUGGUGACCAGCACCAAAGCCCACGCUAAGAUCCUUUCUGUAGAUGCUUCUGAAGCCCAGAGUGUUCCUGGCUUUGUGUGCUUUGUCUCUGCCAAGGAUGUUCCUGGCAGUAACAUCACUGGCAUCGGUAACGAUGAGACUGUCUUUGCUGAGGAUGUGGUCACUUGUGUUGGCCAUAUCAUUGGUGCAGUUCUUGCAGACACACAAGAACAUUCCAGAAGAGCAGCUAGAGCUGUGAAGAUUAAGUAUGAAGAGCUCAAACCUAUUGUCACAAUUCAGGAAGCCAUUGAGAAACAAUCCUUUCUUAAGCCUAUAAAGAGGAUUAAGAAGGGAGAUGUGAAGAAAGGAUUUGAAGAAUCUGAUCACAUUUUGGAAGGAGAGAUGUACCUCGCUGGCCAGGAGCAUUUCUAUCUGGAAACUCAUAGUACUCUGGCUGUGCCAAAGGGGGAAGAUGGUGAGAUGGAACUCUUUGUGUCAACCCAAAACCCAGCAAAGACACAGGAGUUCACUGCUAAUGCACUGGGAGUCCCUUCAAACCGGAUUGUGGUUCGAGUGAAAAGAAUGGGAGGAGGAUUUGGAGGAAAGGAGACUAGGAGCACUAUUCUGACAACUGCAGUGGCUGUCUCAGCCUCCAAAACUGGCCGCCCGGUCAGGUGCAUGCUGGACCGAGAUGAGGACAUGCUGAUAAGUGGUGGGAGACAUCCCUUCCUGGGGAGGUACAAGGUUGGUUUCAUGAAGAAUGGGAAAGUCAAGAGUCUGGAGGUGUCAUACUACUGCAAUGGGGGCAACUCUGUAGACCUCUCUUAUGGUGUUUUGGACCGAGCCCUCUUACACUUGGAUAACUCCUACAACAUCCCUAAUGUGAGCAGCACAGGCUUUGUUUGCAAGACCAACUUGCCUUCCAACACAGCCUUCCGUGGCUUUGGAGGGCCGCAGGGAAUGAUGAUUGCUGAGUGCUGGAUGAGCGACAUUGCUCGGAAGUGUGGCCUGCCACCUGAGGAGGUGAGGAAGCUCAAUCUUUAUCACGAAGGAGACCUGACUCAUUUUAACCAAAAGCUGGAGGGAUUUACUCUACGAAGAUGCUGGGAUGAGUGUUUGUCAAGCUCCAGCUACCAUGCCAGAAAGAAACUAAUUGAAGAAUUCAACAAGCAGAAUCGCUGGAGGAAGAGAGGGAUGUGCAUCAUUCCUACUAAGUUUGGCAUCAGUUUCACUGUCCCAUUUCUGAACCAGGCUGGGGCUCUGGUCCACGUGUAUACAGAUGGAUCUGUGUUAAUCACACACGGCGGGACUGAGAUGGGUCAAGGGCUUCACACCAAAAUGAUUCAGGUGGCUAGCAGAUCACUGGGAGUCCCCACCUCCAAAAUUUACAUCAGUGAGACCAGCACAAAUACCGUCCCAAACACCUCCCCGACAGCUGCAUCUGUCAGCGCAGACAUCAAUGGCAUGGCUGUCCAUAAUGCUUGUCAGACUAUUUUAAAAAGACUUGAGCCAAUCAAACAGUCUAAUCCCAAAGGAUCCUGGGAAAACUGGAUUAAAGCUGCCUAUGAGGACUGUGUUAGUCUCUCAGCCACGGGAUUUUAUAGAAUUCCUGACCUUGGCUAUGACUUUGAAAAGAACGAAGGGAAACCCUUCUGCUACUUCAGUUACGGUGUUGCCUGCUCUGAGGUUGAGAUAGAUUGCCUGACAGGUGACCACAAGAACGUUCGCACAGACAUUGUUAUGGAUGUUGGCACCAGUCUGAACCCAGCCAUAGAUAUAGGACAGAUAGAAGGAGCAUUUGUCCAAGGCCUUGGGCUCUUCACCAUGGAGGAACUGCGCUACUCUCCUGAAGGGAACUUGUACACUCGAGGGCCUGGCAUGUACAAAAUCCCAGCUUUUGGAGACAUCCCAACAGAAUUCAACGUGUCCCUUCUGCGUGACUGCCCAAACAGCAAAGCAGUUUAUUCAUCCAAGGCUGUGGGAGAGCCACCUCUGUUCCUGUCUGCCUCAGUGUUUUAUGCCAUUAAAGAUGCCAUCUACGCAGCGAGGCAGGACUCUGGUGUGACUGAACCCUUCAGGCUGGACAGCCCUGCUACCCCAGAGAGGAUCCGCAAUGCUUGCGUCGACAUCUUCACCAAAAUGUGCCCUUCUGCUGAGCCAGGCACCUUUAAGCCGUGGUCUGUAAGAGUGUAAAAAGGAAGUGGAGCAAACUCUCUUCAAGAAACUGAGCUUACAGCAGAAGAUCCACAAGCCAGUAGGACUGUAAUGGAGAAAAAAAUAAUAUAUAUAUGUAGUAUCUGUGUUCAUGUGGCUCACCCAUGAGCUGAUUCACGGAGCUUUCAUAUUUAAUUGUCCAAUCACUGUUUUCUCUAAGAGAGGGAAUUGCUGCUGUGAUGUAAAUUCAAAUGAAGAGUGCCUGGAAGGUGAUGUUAUUCCAGGUGUAAUUGCUGCCAUGAGGGAGAUGUGCUUGUCACCAGCCAGUCUGAAAUGGCAGGGUGCUUGCCUGCUUCUCCUUUUCUACUGAGGGAGGAGGAAAGACAGAUCACCUUGUGUUGCUAUGCCAAGAAGGACUUACAUGCAUUGAACCUAACCAAACAGUCCUCUAGCUGAGAUGGGGGAAAGCAUGAGCUGCACCGAGGGCUGGACCCUGCUGUGCCUCCUCUGCACACAAAGACGAGGAGGACUUUUGAUGUUGCCUAACAAAGCUGGCCUUAGCUAUGUAACAGAAGUGUUCCAGAGGAAAACCCUACAAUGUGACCCACAGCUGAUCUAUCCGAAGUGAAAUGCUGAUUGCUUUGUCUGCACCAGGGCUUGAAUGAAUUCUUAGCUCACAUGCUGCCUUGUCUACUCUGAUUAAACAUAAAACCAGAGACACCAAGAGGGUUUCCAGCAAAAUGCUGCUUCCUUUGACGCUGCCUUUUCCCACCCCACACCUCCAUUCCUUUCCUCAUCUUUUAAACAGGGGACCUCGGAGUAACAGACAAAGUUAGUCAUCGUUGUUCCCGAGGCAAUUUAUCCCCGUCCAGGCACGGGAGGAUGGGCACAGCUGGCGGUUAUUUGACACUGUGUGCUCUCUAGAGUCAAUGCUUUGCUGUCACAUCAUGGCCUUGCCUUCCUAAGACCUUAGUUUUGCUGAAUGUUAGAGAAUUGGGCUCGUUUUGCUACAGGGACUGCUUGUCUGAAAAGAGUGCUGACUAUGCCAGAUCUUUGGGGCUGAAGGCCUUUUUUAUGCUGGAUUUAAGGCUGGGCAUCCCUCUUGGCAGGUUUUGUCGCUGUCAAGUUUAACACUGCAGAAUCAUGUUGUUAUCUCUAGGUGAUGUCAGCCAGGUACUGUACCUGUUCAUUGUGUGCAAGCUUUCAUCUGUCUCUCUGGCCCACAGCUUUAUGAAAACGUCCUUUUUCUAUUCUUGUUUGUUUGUUUGCACUCCUAGGGCCAUCAAAAAGAAAUAAAAAUGUGGUGCAAGAGGAUGUAACUCCAUUGCCUUCUAAAACAAAAACUGUGCUCACGUACAAACUGCUCAAAACUGGCCUUCAUCUUAGGCCUUACCAAAGGAAUGCACAGUUUGAAAGACUUUGCUGAAGCACUCCAGGGUAUAUAGCUUGGAAAUGUGUAGAUUUAUUUCUCAUCUUAAAACAUGAUGGUUCUGCCACCUAGAAGAAGGGCAUAUGUGUAUAUGAGUUGCAAAAAGUCUUUUGUGCCUGCUGGGCUCCCUGUGCAGUUGCUUUAUUAAUUGAAAGAUGACAUUGGUGUUUCUGAAGCUCUGAGAUGCUGGGCAAGGGAGCUUUUGUGUUUUCUUCUAAAGCUGGCAACAUGUGAAAAGCCUCUAGGAGGAGAGAACAUGACCAUUUGUGUGCCAGAGCA